GUCUUUUCUGCUUGCCUUGUCUUGUCGGAUGUCGGUGUGUCGGUAAUUGUCAGACAGAAAUCGGAUCGUUGUACUUCUACAUAGACAUAAACUAAAUUCUUUAAAGUUAAUGAAUUUCUAUGGAUUUAUAAUAAUUGUAUAGUUCGUACUUAUUAAUUUUAAUUAUGUUCUGGAGCGGUAAUUAUAUAGGAGUAAGGGAGUUAAACGUUCUUCUAAAGGAGGGGAAUGUCACAUUAACGCAAGUUCUAGAGGCGUAUGAUAUCUUGCAAGAAUGCAAAGCCGACAACAAGGCUCUAAUACAAUUUCUUACGAAACCAGAGAUACUCGCGGAACUCAUCACUCUGGUAACCGAAGAGCCGCCUAAGAAUGUGGAGCUCACGUCUCAGUACCGGCACGCGAACAUCGCCAGCGAGGUGCUGGCCAGUAACGUGUUCACGUUGCGCGAUCGCCUGUCCAUGGACGUCGUGCAGAUGAAUCGGCUCUGUGACUUUGUUAAUAGAGAUCCGCCUUUAAACCCUUUGCUGGCUUCUUACUUCAGCAAAACCAUUGAAAUCUUGCUUCAGAGAAGUCCAAAACAGGAUUGGUACAUGCACAACAUCGUGUGUCUGCGGGUCCUGGACUUCUUUAAAUCGAGACGCGACUUCCUGCCUAACCUGCUGCGACACAUAUCCACCUCGGCCAUCUGUGACACCUUCAAGUGCUUCUUGAGCCUCACGGACCCGUUCAAUGAGAUCGUCAUGGAGUGGCUCGACGAGUACCAGUUCCUCGACAGCCUCGUCCAGAUAAUCUGCGGCACGUACGACGACGACCGGCACGACAAGCUCGACUCCAACCACAACACGGAGAGCGGCGACGGCGCCGACGGCGCGGACGGCGAGCGGCGCGCGCGCGCGCGGGCGCGGGCCGGCGGCGCGGCCAACGCGGCGGCGCUGCUGGCCGACGUGGCGCUGGACGCCGACGCGGGCGGGCCCAGCGCGCGCGCGCUGUGCGCCCGCCUGCGCGGCGCCGACGCCGGCCGCCGCCUGCUGCAGGCCGCCUUCACGGCGCCGCCCUCGGCGCGCCGCGCCGCGCUCGUGCACGCCUGCCGCCUGCUGCUGGCGCUGCUGCGGCCCCGCGAGUCGGCGGACGAGGCGGACGCGGAGCUGGAGGUGCUGGAGCGCGCCAUCGCGCCGCACCUGCCGCUGCUGCACAACGCGCUGCUGGCGGGCGGCGGCGGCGGCGGCGGCGGCAGCGGCGUGGGCGCCGAGCGCGUGCAGGCGGCGGCGCUGUUGGCGCGCCUGGCGCAGUCGGAGGUGGACGACGUGCCCACGGCGCUCAUCACUCUCGGCACGGCGGGCGUGCUGAUAGACAUGCUGUUCGCGUACCCGCAUAACAACUUCCUGCACGCCCAAGUCUGCGCGCUCAUACGAAACGCGAGGGAGAACAGGCGCUUCGCGGAGCGAUACUCGAAGCACCUGAUGGAGGAGUGCGACCUGCUGACGCGGCUGAUGGACGCCUUCGAGGAGAACGAGGAGCCGAAGGCGGGGCACGUGCGCGCCGGCUACAUGGGGCACGUGGUGGGCGCGCUGCGGGCGCUGCAGGCGCGGCCGCCGGUGCUGCCCGCGGCGCUGCAGCGGCGCUGGGACGCCUUCUGCCGCGCGCGCCUGCUGCCGCUGCUGCAGCGCCUCGACAUGCCGCUCGGCGGCGUGUAUCCGGCGGACGACGCGUACGAGGUCGGGGCGGACCAGCCGGAGGACACGACGGAGGGAUACCAGAUAUACCUGCAGCUGGUGUCGGCGGCGCAGCGGGCGCAGGCGCAGGCGCGCGCGGACGGCGGCGCGGGCGGCGCGGGCGGCGGCGGCGCGGGGGGCGGAGGCGCGGGCGGCGAGUUGCAGAGCGACGGCUUCUUGGACUUGGAGGACGACGACAAGAAGUGA